CUCCGUUUAGUGUCUACGCAUUGCAGCUGAACGAAGUCUGCCUACAAUACCUGCGUCUGUCUGGUACCAUUCGACCUGCGAACACAAGCCAAGGGGAACGAAUAAAGUUAAAACAAAGAAGAAUGUCGGAAAUUGUACCAUUCCAGACCGGCAUGACCCUUGGCAGGACAUACGAUCUGCGAACAAUGUCUGUCGGAAGUGACAUCUUCACGGAAAAGGCUCUUGCUGCGUUAAAGACAACUGAAAUUCCUGAGAGUGACUAUCGGUACUAUGAUAUCAAGAACUGUAAGGAUGUUAACAAGGCCCUUGGCAUCAAGGGGGAGUUUGCUCUGAAGGUGAAAGCAGGUCUAGCAAAUGCCGAUGUUGCCGGGAAAUACCUAAAGCAAGACAGAUCAACAGAAAACACCAUAGACAUUUUGACCACAGCACAUGUGAAAAUGGUAGAAGAAACAAUGGCCAGCACUGACCUUAAUCCCGACUUAAACAUAAACAGUAUUGGAACACACUUCAUCCGGACUAUCAAGUAUGGUGGAAAUAUGUUUGCAAACAUACGGAUACAGGCAUCAGAUUCAACAAAUGUGGAAGACAUAAGGGGACAGGUUUCGGCUGGCAUGUCGUUUGAAGGGGCACUGGACGCUAAUGCCAAAGCAGAACUCAAGAUGCUAGAGAAAGACAUUCGAGGUAGCUCCAGCAUGCAGAUAUCACUGUAUGCAACAAUUCUCAUCGACACCGUGCCACGAGAUAUUGCGAGCAUGCUGAAAACUCUCGAUGCCUUUAAUGAUGAGGUGAAAAAGGAGGGGAAUGGGAAAGGAGUUCCAUUGAUGUGUGAACUGGUUCCUCUGAGCACACUUGACCCUUCAAUCCCAGAAGUUGUAAGGAACCGCGGUGUAGAUGCUGCACUGAUUGAACUUGAAGUGAUGUAUGAUGAUGUACGUCAUGGCAAGUCCAAACUGGAAACACUACUCGGCAGAGAGGACCUUACCGAUGACCAGGAAAAACAAGCAUGGAAACUCAACGAGAAGAUAUCCACUUUAUACACUUGUUUCAACACUGUCAUCGCUAAACUUGACGUCACGAAGGAACCAGAUCAACUGACGCCGGCGUUUGACGCUUAUUCUAAGAAUACGGAACCGGGUGGUUACACACACAUGGUUUCACAGUUUGAGAAAUCACUAAAGGCGUAAACCGGAAGCUGUGCAGCCCCUAUGUCCACUGUGGUGGGAGAAUCCAUUGAUUCUGGUGGAACAGAAGAAACAUUUUCGGGAAUUAGAGCAAAACAAGCAACACUAUUCUUGAAGUGUUUUUUUAAGUGUUUUUCAAUCUAAAUGACAUUUCAUUCUGUUGAAUAACAACAGGAAUCCUUGAAAUAAAGAACAUUGUGUUUAGACAUCAAGCUAGCUUCAAAUAUGCAGGUUUUUUCUUCUAUUUCUUUCACGGUAUGGAACGCAAAGCAUCUCGGCAUGAUUGUUGUCGCAAAGAACAUUACCGAAAGAUAUUCAAAGGGACAUAACUCUUAUUGAUUAAAAACUAUGUUUCCAGGGACUUGUUAUUUCAAAUAAUAACGUUUAGUGUGUAUCUUUAGGUCCAAUUUGUUUAAACAUAAUGUGUAUCAUCAUCUAAAUAUCUUAUUCUAGAAGUAAUUGAUAAAAAUUACUUUUCUUGGUAGUAAUAGUUGAAUCUCCAAGCCAAUUGGAUUUCAAUGCCAAAGGUGGCAAACUGUCAAGGUCGUCCAUAUUUAAACAGGGAGAGAUAGAUUAGUACUACCCAUGAAACCUUUGAAUACGGUUUCAUGUGCAUUGACUAAUAACUAUGCAAAUGUAUUCUAAUUCAUUGAUAAGGUAAUAAAGGAUAUUCUUCAUAGACAGGAUCAGGACGUGACAACCAUCCCUUGUAACUAUCAUGAUCCUUUCCUGAGCCGUUUACAUUUGUUUAUGCAAUUCAAACCUUUAUAACAUAACCUCUAUACCUCUACAAUAGUAAAUGUGUUUGAAACUUAACAUCCAAGUUUAAAUAGUUAUUGAUCAUGUCCGAGGAUAGAUGAGUUAAUAAAUUAAAUAUAUUAGAACUUUGUAGUUUUAGCAUUUGUAUUCUGUUGGUUCAUUUAACUCAAUAUGAGUUCUAGUUUUCAUAGGAACAUAUUUAGUUUGAUUACUCGUGAUUGAUCGUCACUGUAGCAGAGUACCGAAUAUACCUUUAACCCUUCCCGAACAGAACAUUGGUUUAGGCGUUUUGCAUUGUAGUUUUGCGGCUGAUGAACGAAUAUAUUAUCUCGUUCAUCGAUCUCUUCAUUGUCUGGUCGGUUUAUAGACUGAUCUCUAAAAUUGCCAGACUGAGAAAGCUGAACUUUGGCAUCUGUUGACAUUUGGUUCAAGGAGGCAUUAUAGAAUUCUGUUCCGGUUUUAGUCCGCAAUAUUACACACAACUUAUUCAAAUAUUGACUCUGAUAAGUAAGUACAUUGCUUCAUAACUAGAUGUGCUACAGUGUCGUGUCUCCAGUUAUCGUUUUGAAAGUGAUUUUCAGUCUUCUUGUUACAUUUUGAUGUAUUUACAGUUUCGUAUAAUUUUAAGGUGAUUCUAGUGGAUUAUCAGGUGUACGUUAUUCCAGCGGAUUUAAGCAAUGCUAAUCAUAAUACACAACUGUACACAUGUUUCGAAGACUGUAAUUGUGCUUUGAGGAAUUUCUAUCUGCCGUAGUUUUAACCAGUUGUUAGCAAAAUCUUCUUUUUUUUCAGGUUUUAGUAAGAGUGUGUUUAUUUGAUUUUGAUUAUCCAUAUUACUUGCUUUUAGUUAUAUUCAGUUUAUUUGCUUAGUCUAUAUUUUCUUUUGUUGGAAAAAGUGUAAUAUAUAAGUAUAGUUAUAUACUCGUGUCCUAACGCCAGGGAGACUGACUAAUUUCAUAGUUAUCUGAUAGUUUCAUGUGAAAUGUUUAAAUGAUUGCAUCCAAUAGAAGGAACUUUAUCCUCCAAAUGUGUGUUAUGGCAACAGUUUUGUGGCUAAAACCUGUACCUUCAACUCAAGACAUACGCACACUGCACCUUUAUGUCAGGACUUGAUAGACAUGAAUGCUUUGGAAUCUCUAAUAACUAGGCCUGGUUUUAAUCCACAAUAUUUAUACUGAAAAUAUUAAAAUAGUGACUCUUUUAAUGUAUUACCAGUGCCAAUUUGCAACAUAAUUAGGUACAAUACAGUAUCGUGUUACCAGUUAUCAUUUUAAUAGUAUUUGGUGGUGUUUUUGUUUACUGUUUUCUUUUGUAUGUUCUUUUUAAAGUCUGUUUACUUAAUCAUUUUCUCAUUUGUUUGAAUAUGUUUUGUAUGAUCCUCAUCCUAACAUCAAGGCUGCUGACCAACGUCAUAUUCAUAGUAGGAAAUCAAUCUUCUAAGUGUUGAGUAUCUUAGAUAAUGUUUGGUUAAAAACUCUACCACUGACAUAGCAAUUUACACGGUCACACACAGAGUAUGAAAUAAGGCCUGUCCGACCACCCGAGACGGGCUAGAUUUCUGACGGACGGUCUAAAUUACAGCUAGCCAGCCCGAUGGUCUGGUAAAAAAUUU